CGAGUGCGAGUGGACAGCAGCACUGCUGUAGGACUAGGACUGUACUGGAACACUUCGGGAAGUGGACUCUAUUUCUUACUGUCCCAAUUUGAUGAAACAACACCAGGACGCAUGAAGGAGAGCAGUAUGAACGUGGACAGUCUGAGCAAACAGGAGCUUCUGAUGCUGCUGAGCAUUCUGGAGGGAGAGCUGGAGGCCCAGGACCUGGUCAUACACACACUACGGUCUCAGCAUCGUGACGUGGUGGUCCAGAAGCGCUAUGGCCAGUACGACCUGAGCGACCCCUUCAUGGCUCUGCAGCGGGACAGCGAGGUGCUGGGGGAUGCGGUCGCCGGGGGCGACGACGGGAUGGGAGGGGGAGGGGGUGUGGCCAACCCACUGUCUGUGCUGAAGCUGCUGAUGGCCCACUGCAGACGCAUGCAGGAGAGGAUGAAGCAACAGCUGACCGCCGCCGAGAUACGCCACCGCAGGGUGAUUUCUGAUCUGGAGGAGGAGAGGAGGCGUCAUGCUCAGGACACAGCUGAUGGAGACGACGUCACCUACAUGCUGGAGAAGGAGAGACAGAAACUACUGCAGCAGCUGGAGUGUGAGCGGUCUCGUCAGCAGCAGCUGGAGCAGGAGUGUGAGCGUGCGGUGACCAAAGCCCAGGAGGAGAGCGAAUAUUAAUACUUACCUCAGCAGCUGGAGCAGGAGUGUGAGCGUGCGGUAACCAAGGCCCAGGAGGAGAGCGAGAGGGCGACCGGCCUGGAGAGCAGGCUGCAGGAGGAGUGCAGUACCGCAGAGUCCCUCCAGGGGGAGCUGGAGCGCCACAGGAGCCGCGCGGAGAGCUUGGAGGCCACGCAGGAGAAGCAGCUGGCCGAGUUCGACACGGAGAGGGAGCAGCUGAAGGCCAAGCUACGCAAAGAGGAGCACAGGAGCAAGGAGCUACUGGAACAGCUUGAAGCCUUGAGAAAGGAACUGCGGGAACGCGAGGCGGGCACCAAGGAGAAAGGAGAGAAGGAGCGAGAGAACAAGAAGGAGAAGCAGAGCAGCGGCGUAGAGAGGAAGGAGAGAGGAGAGAAGGAUAGAGAGAGUGGCACUGGAGGAGGAGGAGUGAAGGAGAGAGCGACCAGCGGAGGAGAAGUUGGAGUGAAGGAGAAAACCAUCGUCAAGCAGCAGAAGGAAAGAGGCGGAGUCAAGCUCACGCCUGUCAAAGUCACGCCCACAAGCCCGAACGCGUCGUCCAAUCACAGCGAAGUAGACGGCAAGUCGCCCCUGGCAACCAGAGCUCCUCCCCCUAGCCGCCUGAAUGGACACACCUCCCCCCAGAGCCCCUCCUCUAAGGAGAACGGCGUAGAGGCUGGACCAAUCACGUCGGGAGCCAGACCCUCAUCGCCAGCUGUGACCACGCCCAUCCAGAGCCCCACACCCACAAGCCCCGCCUCUUCCUCAUUAGUCUCCUCCCCCAUCUCGUCUCCCAACCUAUCGAAGCGCGGCGUCGCUGGGCACGCGGCCCCCUAUCCUCCCUCCUUCCAGUCGGGGGUCAACCAACGCUUCCAGGCCGCACGCCACAAGUUCGCCCAGGCCGAGCAGGACGCUCACACACACACUCCACACACACACUCGCACCCGCACACGCCUACACACACGCUGUCCCCCCGCGACCUCUCCCCCACCACUACCCCCCCACCCCAGGCUGCGGAUAACAGCGCAGCCAAGCAGCUAGCACGGAACACCGUGACACAGGUGCUGUCGCGCUUCACCAGUCAGCAGCAGCAGGGCGGAGGCAAGAUGGCGCCCCUCAGCAGCUCUCCGUUUGGCACAGACUACCGCACCCUCACCUCCCCCACCUCCUCCUCCUGCUCCUCCCCCACCUCCUCCUCCUCCCCGACGGUCCGCAGCCCGGUGCCUGGCGCUUGUCCCCUCUCCCCCACCGUCCGCUCUCCCAUCAUUUCCCGCAGCAGCGACAAGACUCUAAACUCCGCCCAGCCACCGCCUCCGGUCCCGCCCAAGAGCUCCCGCAACUGCCAGUCGCCCGCCUCGCCGGGCGUCUCACGCUCCUCAGGGAACCAAUCCCCUGCCUCGCCUGGCCGCUCUGGCUCCUCCCACUUCCCAGAGCUGUCCGGAGGCUGUGGCAUGACCAGUGCAGCAGGGGGCGAUAAAGACAUUGACAUGGUGGUCUCCUCUUCCAGCUAAUGUAUACAGACACACGCACACACACACACACACACA